AACGCUUGAACGCAGUAAUGGAAUCGCGAUAUUGUCGUGUUUGUCUGACGGCAGUUGGUGUUUGCUGUAGUGUUCGUGAACCGGUUAACAAAACAUUGUCGCUGUUGGACGUGUUGCGCACGAUUUGUCCCAAAGCAUUUAUCAGUAACGAACAUAAACAAUGGCCCACAAAAAUAUGUGGCGAAUGCAAACGCAGGAUUAUCGAGGCAAACGAGCUGUACGACCUUUGCAUGACCAGUGUUGAAUGCUUGGCGGUGCUGUAUCCGGAUGAACAGUGUGAAACAUCCAUGGCAAAUACUCCAAAGAAUGAGCCUGAAACGUUCAAUGAUUGGAUCGAACAAACAAAGACUCAAAUUUGUUUCCAAGGUUUUGAUGACACGAAAGGUGCACGAGACAAGUUUGAUGGCAUUUCGUGUUCAACUGUGAAGCCAAACGACAGAUUUGAUGGUCAACUGCAGCAAAUUGAAGAAGACGCAAAUAAAUCUGAUGGCAUGAUCCGCUCCAUUGGUUCACAAAUAACUGUUACAGUUACAUCAUCUGUUACAGAGGACAACAUAAACUCCAACGACAAUUCGACUUUAUCUGAUGAGUCAGACUAUGGAAUAGAAGCCUUGCCUUAUACCAACGUUAUUAGUCAGAGGAAACAACCGACAAAUGAGCAUCUGUGCUCAUUUUGUGAACCUUCAAUAAUUUUUGCAUCUCCGCGAGAUUUGAGCGAUCAUUUAAAAUCCAUGCACAAAGAUAUGGUUCACUGUUGUAAUCUCUGCGAUAUGUUAUUUGUAGGCAUAGAAAGUCUUGAAAAACAUGAUAAAUUUCAUGCAAUGGGGCUGAAUUACUUUUGUACCGUCUGCGAGCAAGGCUUCAUAACAAGAGAAGCUCUGAAAAAUCAUCUUCCGACUCACACUUGUUCUUUGCUGUGCUCCCAUUGUGGCAAGACCUUUCCGGACAAUUCGAAAAGGGCUGCACACAUCCGAUACCACCAUUCAAAUUUGAUCAAAUCCUAUGCUUGCUCAUUCUGUCCAGCGAAAUUUAAGAUGAAAGGUAAUUUGAAAACUCACGAGGCAAGGCAUACGAAAUACAAACGAUAUUGUUGUGAAUUAUGUGGAAAGCAAUUGUCAUCGAAAGAAAAAUUGCAAUUGCAUCAUCGAAUGGUUCACGAAAAAGAACGUCCAUACAAAUGUACCGUUUGCCACCAUCGGUGCAGCUAUGCGAGGCAACUUCGGGUUCACAUGAACACCCACACUGGCGAAAAGCCUCAUCAAUGUUAUUUUUGCGAUCGUAAAUACAGCAAUUUUAGCGACUUAAAGGAUCAUCUAAGCAAGCAUAUCGGUGAUAAAAUUUACCCAUGUCAUCGCUGUGAGGCCUCUUUCAAACUGAAGUCAGAGCUACGGGAUCAUUGCGAAGAACACUUCCAGGGAGGUUCUCCAUCGAUGCUCCCAACAGAAGGUGAUUUUCGGUUUGCACUUAGUUAUCUUUUGAGUUUACGAUAUCCUAAAUAA